ACGAUGCAGACGGCGGCCGAGAAGAAUGCUGCAAUCCGCACGUCGUAUGCCAAGCUGGCAAAGGUCGGCGAAGGCACCUAUGCUUCCGUCUUCCUGGCACGGCACACGGCCACGUCUCGCAAAGUAGCCAUCAAGAAGAUCAAGGUGGUGGACUCAAAGGACGGGAUGGACAUGUCAGCGAUUCGAGAGGUAAAGGUGCUGCGAGAGCUCCGGCAUCCGAACGUCAUCGAGCUCGUCGACGUCUUUUCAAGCGGCUCUACUGCUACGCCGAGUCUCAACCUCGUCCUGGAAUUCCUCGACACGGAUCUGGAAAGGCUCAUUGGCGACACCAAUCUCGUCUUUAAGCCGGGCGACAUCAAGAGCUGGAUGCUGAUGCUCUGCCGCGGCUUGGAGUUCUGUCACCGGCACUAUAUCCUUCAUCGGGAUCUGAAACCAAACAACCUGCUCAUCUCACCCCAAGGCGAGCUCAAAAUUGCCGACUUUGGCAUGGCGAGAGAAUGGGCCGAUGCCGGACUUAGAAUGACGCCCGUCGUCAUCACCCUCUGGUAUCGGCCUCCCGAGCUGCUCAUGGGAUCAAGACACUACUCUACGACGGUCGACAUGUGGUCUGUCGGCUGCAUCUUUGCCGAGCUACUUGUGCGAAGGCCAUUCAUCACCGGUGAGGCCGAGCUGCAACAGCUGUCAAGGAUAUGGCAGGUGCUUGGGUCGCCUACGGAAAAAGACUGGCCGGGAAUGAAGACGCUACCGCUCUACAUGCCCUCAACGGAGCAGUUUCCCAAGCCCACCCUCCGCUUCAUCUUCCCCGCCGCUUCGCAGGAUACCAUCGACAUGAUCUCGAAGCUACUCCUCUACGACCCAAGCAAGCGCAUGAGCGCCAAUGAGGCGCUUCACCACCCUUACUUUCGCAGUCAGCCGGCACCCACACACCACACUCUGCUCCCCCGACACCCCACCAAGGACAAGACGGACAACGAGACAGACCAUCCUCUGCUCUCGCACAGCGACGUCAAGGACAAAAACCGCACCGCGGGCGACAUUGCCUCCAACAGAGACGCGCCCGCCGCGACAACAAAGAAGAGGACCGCCCUGGGCGGAGCAAGCCCCAACACCGUUGCACGACUGCGCAAGGUUGCCAGGAGGCUCGCGUACGACUAGAUGAAUGCUCCCAUACACACACCAUCUCUCCCACUGUACACCGUGCACUGUACCAAUACGCAAUUUUCAUCAUUUUAUUUACCUGUACAGUACUGC